GCCGCCCCUCCCUAUCUCCCGUUUCCAUUCCGGCGGCUGCGCCGUCACCCCGCCCCGGCGCGGGCAGGGGAGGAGCCAGAGGAGCGGCGCUGCCGGGCCCGGAUUGGCAGAGGCGCUUGACAACCGCAGUCAGGGAGCCGGAGCCGCCAGAAGCGGAGCCGUAGGGCUGGGGCAGACGCCGAGCUGGACCCCCCUAUCCCUAGGCCAGGGACCCGCCGCCAUUUUGCGUCCCUCCCAUCCGUAGCUGCGCGUCCGGGGGUCCCGGACUCCCCUCAGGCUACCAUCAUGACUGCUGAAGAAACAGUGAAUGUAAAAGAAGUUGAAAUAAUUAAACUAAUCUUAGAUUUCCUGAACUCAAAGAAACUACAUAUCAGUAUGCUGGCUCUUGAGAAGGAAAGCGGAGUCAUUAAUGGCCUGUUCUCAGAUGACAUGCUUUUUUUGAGACAGUUGAUCCUUGAUGGACAGUGGGAUGAGGUUCUUCAGUUCAUUCAGCCUCUUGAGUGUAUGGAAAAAUUUGACAAGAAAAGGUUUCGCUAUAUAAUUCUGAAGCAGAAAUUUUUAGAAGCCUUGUGUGUGAACAAUGCAAUGUCAGCAGAAGAUGAGCCUCAACAUCUGGAGUUUACAAUGCAAGAGGCUGUACAGUGCCUACAUACCCUGGAAGAAUAUUGUCCUUCUAAAGAAGACUAUAGCAAACUGUGUUUGUUACUCACAUUGCCCCGUCUGACCAACCAUGCAGAAUUCAAAGACUGGAACCCUAGCACUGCACGAGUUCAUUGCUUCGAAGAAGCUUGCAUCAUGGUUGCAGAGUUUAUUCCUGCAGACAGGAAACUAAGUGAGGCUGGUUUCAAAGCAAGUAAUAAUCGUUUAUUUCAGCUUGUAAUGAAGGGAUUGCUUUAUGAAUGUUGUGUGGAAUUCUGUCAGAGUAAAGCAACAGGUGAAGAAAUUACAGAAAGUGAAGUAUUGCUUGGCAUUGAUCUUUUAUGUGGUAAUGGGUGUGAUGACUUGGACCUGAGUUUAUUGUCCUGGCUUCAGAAUCUUCCACCUUCUGUUUUCUCUUGUGCUUUUGAACAAAAGAUGCUUAAUAUUCAUGUUGAUAAACUCUUGAAGCCCACAAAAGCUGCAUAUGCUGAUCUUUUGACGCCUCUUAUCAGCAAGCUUUCUCCUUACCCAUCAUCCCCAAUGAGACGGCCUCAAUCAGCUGAUGCUUACAUGACUCGUUCCUUAAACCCUGCUUUAGAUGGGCUGUCAUGUGGAUUAACAAAUCAUGAUAAACGUAUCACAGACCUUGGAAAUAAAACCUCUCCAAUGUCGCACUCCUUUGCCAAUUUCCAUUACCCAGGAGUGCAGAAUCUUAGCAGAAGUCUCAUGCUUGAAAAUACAGAUUGCCAUAGCAUUUAUGAAGAGUCACCUGAGCGAAGCGAUACUCCUGUGGAGCCACAGCAUUCCAUUGGCAGUGAGGCUGUGUGCCAGAAUUCAGUUCCAGAAAAUGAGUCAGUAAAUGGAGCGCAGAAUUCAGGACCAGCCAAGACAGAAAAAAAUGAGCUUCGUGAUUCAACGGAGCAGUUUCAAGAAUAUUAUAGACAAAGAUUGCGUUACCAGCAGCAUUUGGAACAGAAAGAGCAGCAACGACAACUAUAUCAGCAAAUGUUGCUUGAAGGAGGAGUAAACCAGGAAGAUGGGACAGACCAGCAACAAAAUCUUACUGAACAGUUUCUCAACAGGUCUAUCCAAAAGUUGGGAGAGUUAAACAUAGGUAUAGACACUCUUGGAAAUGAUGUGCAGACACUCAGCCAGCAAUGUAAUGGGAGUAAAGAGCAUGCAUCUAAUAUGCCAGCAACUAACUUCGUAUCACCACCUUCAGAUGUUAGUCAAAGAAUAGGCUCUGAUACCCAAAAUGUUAAUACAAGCACCCCUCAAAAGUGUGGAUCAACAAAUCAGAUGCCCAUUCUUGAAGAAUCACCUGUUCGUGGGAGUAAAACCAUACCAGAACAUGCUAUCAUUCAGCCACAACUUGAAGAUUCUUCGGGGAAUCUAACUAGAACAAGAGGUGAUGAGGUGAGACUUCUUAAAAAGGAUGAUAAAUCACAAAAGCAGUUCAUUUGUAUUAAUACUCUAGAAGAUACACAAGCUGUCAGAGCGGUGGCUUUCCAUCCAAAUGGGAGUUUAUAUGCUGUUGGCUCAAAUUCCAAAACUUUGAGGGUAUGUGCAUAUCCAGAAGUAAUUGACCCAAGUGCUUAUAACACCCCUAAACAACCAGCAAUUCGUUUCAAAAGGAACAAACAUCACAAAGGGUCAAUCUACUGUGUGGCAUGGAGUCCCUGUGGUCAGUUAUUGGCUACUGGUUCUAAUGAUAAAUAUGUUAAAGUACUACCUUUUAAUGCAGAAACUUGUAAUGCAACAGGACCAGACUUGGAGUUCAGUAUGCAUGAUGGGACAAUUAGAGAUCUUGCUUUUAUGGAAGGCCCGGAAAGUGGUGGUGCUAUUUUAAUUAGCGCUGGAGCUGGAGACUGUAAUAUUUACACAACAGACUGCCAGAGAGGUCAAGGCCUGCAUGCUCUAAGUGGCCAUACUGGUCAUAUUUUAGCACUUUAUACAUGGAGUGGGUGGAUGAUUGCAUCUGGUUCUCAAGACAAGACUGUAAGAUUCUGGGAUCUUAGAGUACCAAGUUGUGUUCGUGUAGUUGGAACAACAUUUCAUGGAACUGGUAGCGCUGUGGCAUCCGUAGCUGUUGAUCCUAGUGGCCGUCUCCUAGCUACAGGGCAAGAGGACUCCAGUUGCAUGUUGUAUGAUAUUCGAGGAGGACGAAUGGUACAGAGCUAUCAUCCUCAUUCCAGUGAUGUUCGUUCUGUUCGCUUUUCUCCUGGAGCUCACUACUUGCUCACAGGAUCUUAUGAUAUGAAAAUAAAGGUGACGGACUUGCAAGGAGACCUUACUAAGCAACUUCCUAUUAUGGUGGUAGGGGAACAUAAGGACAAAGUGAUUCAGUGUAGGUGGCAUACGCAAGAUCUAUCCUUCCUGUCAUCUUCUGCAGACAGAACUGUAACACUUUGGACCUACAAUGGUUAGAGUUCAUCUAAAGGCAAAGUAUGCAGACAAAGCACAGAGACAAAAAGACUACUGGACUGUAAAAAUAAUUUAGAGAUUCAAAGAGCAGCAUCUGACCAGGAGCGUGUCUUACCAAGGCACUUGUCACAGGUUUUCUGAUUGCUAGGUGGUCUUGGUGUGUUAGUAUUACUUUGCAGUGCUUUCAGUCUUCCAUGUGAACUCUUGCUGCUGUGACAUAUUGUAGUCUUGUUGCCAAAGUCUGUUGGAAGAGCUCUUAUGUUGUCAAUGUGCACUCAAAGUAAGAUUAAUGAUGUGUUUACAGAUUAGUAUUAAUUGCAUUCCUUGGUCUUUGCCUCAAUGACAAUUUUAUAUAGAAACUUAAACUGAAUUACACUUUAAUCAAGUCAGUAACUAGGUCCACAUAAAUGUAGAAGAUAAAAAUGUACUUCUGCUGUUUUACACUUCUAUUGGAUGCAUCACUUGUCAACCAGAGGUCAGACUUUUGUUCCUCCUUCCACACUUUCAGCAUUGUGUUUUUUUUAGUACAUAUAAUUGUAAAAAUUAAAGGUGACUAGGCUGUAACUGCUUCUCGUUUAUAGUCCAGGAUAUAGCAUGUUUUGCUUUUCAUCUAAACUGGGGAAAUGUUGCUGUUUUUACAUCAUAAUGUUUUCAACAGGCUUAGACAUUGAAAACAAAAAGUAAAAUGUUGGGUUUUCUCUAGAAACCAUGUAAUAUUUCAUUUUGAAUGCAACAGAAUACCUCUGUUUAUAAAGUACUGUAGAAAAGUGAAUGGAUUGGCAGCAAUGAUCACAAUAAGCUAAAUGGCCAGCAGUUCUCUCAAAUUAAAAUGGCACCAUCAACACUUAUAGACAACAGCAUGGCUUAAAAUGCUGUCUGCAUGAUAAAUUAAUUUAGUUUCCCAGUCUAGAAGCAUAUUUGGAUUUUUAUUUCUUGCACUGUUUAUGUAAUGCAGAUUUAAGGUUUUAUUUCUAUGAAACUUUAGAUUCUAUGUUUAAGUAUGUUAUAUUUUCAUAUUGUACAGUUCCUUUUAAAUUAAAACCUUAAAUAUUAGGUUAUUUAUUUAUUUGAAAUGCAGUUAUUUGGUUCUAAUAAUGACUAAAUUAUCGGUUCACUCUAUAAAGCAUUUUUUAACUAACUGUAUAAAAGUGAAAAGAUUAUUAUGGAAGUGUAUCUCCACUAUAAUCUCAAUAAAGACCUCUGACACCUGAAAGCACAACUACUACUUAUUUCACAUACUCUUAGUCUGGUCUCUUUUGUAUUACUUUUAUAAAUCUCCAUGUUUCAGUUCCAGAUAUUCAUGUUAUUAAAAGAUGAAGACUUUAUACCUUCCAUAUCCUCUUUAAUUGCUGAUUUAGCAGACCUACUGUAUUAUACAGAUUACUUAUAGAAGCUUGUUCUUGUUCUACAGAUAGACCCCCAAUUCUGAAGGGCUGUGUCUAGACUGGCCAGUUUUUCCGGAAAAUCAGCCACUUUUCUGGAAAAACUUGCCAGCUGUCUAC